UUUUCUUUUUUAGCAUGAUAGUUCCACUGCCAGGUAGCAGUAGGACCAUUUUCUUUUUCAGCAGGACCAUUUUCUUAGUAAAAGUUAGUUACUGUGAACACAUUGAGAGUUCAUCUGUUUCAUGUGUCUCUAGCAUUGCUUUGGUUAUUUAAGUCGCAUCAUGCAACUGACUCUUCUGUAAAAUCAAAGCCAGAAACUUUCUUUGUUAUCCCCCUCUAUUGACGACCAGCUAAAUCUCCAAGAAGGCGACCAUGGCGGAGCCUCACGCAGGCACUGGCGGAGUGGUCCACCGCCCUCCGGCGCCGGAGCCGGCAGAGAGCACCAGCAACGCCACAGCCAACAAGUGGGGUCCCUACUCCGGCGCCGGCGACUUCGGCACCAACAUGGCCAUCGUUCUCGCUUCCCUGUUCUGUACCUCCCUCCUCGCCUUCUCCCUCGGCGCCGCCGUCCGCCUCCUCCUCCGCCGCUUCGGCAGCGAACGCCAGCCUCCGGGGAAGCCGGAGAUGAUGGAGGCUGCAGCGCCGGCUUUACUGUUCUCGGCGGGGGACACGAGACUGGCCGGGGCGGCGGUCGAGUGCGCCAUCUGUCUGGCGGACUUCGUGGACGGCGACGCCGUGCGGGUGUUGCCGGCGUGCGGACACGGGUUCCACGCCCAGUGCGUCGAGCGGUGGGUGGUGGCCAGGAGAACGUGCCCGACUUGCCGCCGGGCAUGCGGUGACGAGGAGCUGAUGCGAGUGCAAGAAACGGCGUAAUCAAUAGUCGGCGUUCGUUUUCUGUCACUUGCAGAAAGAUAAUUAAGGAUCGUUUGGGUUCAAGUUCGUCACUUCAAUUACUUGUUUUUCUUACCGUUACCUUCGUGUUCCUUCCGUUUGAUUUUCCUAGAAAGAGUUAUCGAAUUUCUGGUUAUGCUCAAAA